CCCGCCCAGUUCUCCCGCUUUCCAGAACCCCGCCCCAUUUCCCGCUUUCCAUCACCCCGCCCCAUUCUCGUGCUUUCCAUCACCCCGCCCCAUUCUCCCUCAUUCCAUCACCCGCCCCAUUCUCUAGCUUUCCAUCACCCCGCCCCAUUCUCCCGCUUUUCAUCACCCCGCCCCAUUCUCCCGCUUUCCAUCACCCCGUCCCAUUCUCCCUCUUUCCAUCACCCGCUCCAUUCUCCCGCUUUCCAUCACCCCGCCCUAUUCUCCCUCUUUCCAUCACCCCUCCCUAUUCUCCCUCUUUCCAUCAUCCCGCCCUAUUCUCCCGCUUUCCAUCACCCGCCCCAUUCUCCCGCUUUCCAUCACCCCGCCCCAUUCUCCCGCUUUCCAUCACCCCGCCCCAUUCUCCCGGUUUCCAUCACCCGGCCCCAUUCUCCCGCUUUCCAUCACCCGCCCCAUUCUCCCUCUUUCCAUCACCCCCCCGUUCUCUCGCUUUCCAUCACCCUGCUCCGUUCUCCCGCUUUCCAUCACCCCGCCCAUUCUCCCCCUUUCCAUCAACCCGCCCACAUUCUCCCGCUUUCCAUCACCCGCCCCAUUCUCCCUCUUUCCAUCACCCCGCCCCGUUCUCCCGCUUACCAUCACCCCGCCCAUUCUCCCGCUUUCCAUCACCCGCCCCAUUCUCCCUCUUUCCAUCACCCCGCCCCAUUCUCCCUGUUUCCAUCACACCCCCCCAUUCUCCGAUUUCCAUCACCCCUCCCCAUUCUCCCGCUUUCCAUCACCCCGCCCCAUUCUCCCGCUUUCCAUCACUCCACCCCAUUCUCCCGCUUUCCAUCACCCUGCCCCAUUCUCCCGCUUUCCAUCACCCUGCCCCAUUCUCCCGCUUCCCAUCACCCCGGCCCAUUCUCCCGCUUUCCAUCACCCCGCCCCAUUCUCCCGCUUUCCAUCACACCGCCCCCAUUCUCCCUCCUUCCAUCACCCCGCCUCAUUCUCCCGCUUUCCAUCACCCCGCCCCAUUCUCCCACUUUCCAUCACCCAGCCACAUUCUCCCACUUUCCAUCAGCCCGCCCCAUUCUCCCUCCUUCCAUCGCCCUGCCCCAUUCUCCCUCCUUCCAUCAUCCCGCCCCAUUCUCCCUCCAUCUAUCGCCUGCCCAUUCUCCCUCCUUCCAUCAUCCCGCCCAUUCUCCCUCCUUCCAUCACCCCGCCUCAUUCUCCCGCUUUCCAUCACCCGCCCCAUUCUCCACUUUCCAUCACCCAGCCACAUUCUCCCACUUUCCAUCAGCCCGCCCCAUUCUCCCUCCUUACAUCGCCCUGCCCCCAUUCUCCCUCCUUCCAUCAUCCCGCCCCAUUUCCCCUCCUUCCAUCACCCGCCCCAUUUUCCCCUUUCCAUCAGCCGCCCCAUUCUCCCGCUUUCCAUCACCCGCCUCCUUCCCGAUUCCCAUCAACCCCCCAUUCUCCCGCUUUCUAUCACCCGUCCCAUUCUCCCUCUUUCCAUUACCCCGCCCCAUUCUCCCGCUUUCCAUCACCCCGCCCAUUCUACCACUUUCCAUCACUCGCCCUUUCUCCGCUUUCUAUCACCCUGCCCCAUUCUCCGCUUUCCAUCAACCUGCCCCAUUCUCCCCGCUUCCAUCACCCUAG